AUGGCUGAUCAUGAAGAUGUAAUUCGUCCCAUCCGUAUAGGACCCAAUGUUUUAUCGACCGAGGAUAUUGAUAGCUACGUGAAGGAGCUACUGUAUAGUGCAGGGCGAAAAAGGAACGCUGGGCAAAACUCUUUUAAAGGGAAUGUGCAGCAGAAAUCCCUGACAGUUGAGUAUAUACUUGAGAAAGUUUACGGGAGAUUUUUCAAUCAAUCGGGGCAAUCUCCUUUUCCUGAUGGUUUACCCUUUGCUUUGAAGCAGAUUCCAUCAAUUGCCAGAAUUGCCGAACUACAACUGAGAGUUACAGCACUAGUUCAAUCUGCAGUUGCCACACGGCCCGUCGUCACUCUUCAUGAAUUAGAGUUGGAGGUUUGCAGUGCUGAAGGUGUUUCAAUUUUCGCGGAACUUGGUUUAGGUGAUUCACUGACCGCGUUGCCGUUUGUGCAGCACGCGUUCAAUCUGCGGAGCUCAACAGGAGUUGUGGCCCCUAUUACCAGCGACGAUUUUUUACAAUUUUUGUUGUUUCAUGCUGACGCUGAAAUAAUGUUGACAAGCGGUGGGGACGCGGGGGAUGCUGUACGUGCCUUUGCACAGUUUUACAAAAAUGGCUACUACACCCCUCUGCAGCUGGGGAUACAUAUUCAACACUUUUCUUGGCUGCUUCGCCUGCUGCGCCAAGAGACUGGAAGAACGUCGGCUUUUAUUUCGCAAAUUGUUGCAGAGAACAUAAGGGCAGCUGAUGGGCGUGCACUGCUUUACACGCGGGUCGUGGAGGCCCUGCAUGGUUCCAUGAUACUGCGUGAGAAGGAAACUUCCGUAUCGCACAAACUGUUCGUCCCAUUUUCUGUGCGGGCACCGAUGCCGGAAGCAGAGUCGAUGGGAGUUCCGUUGGCGUUGUGGAAUAAAUCGGGUGAGGGACCGGCGGGUGGUGUUUGUCUAUACGGUGUUCUGCAAACUGAUCCGAUUUCAGCGCAACCCGCCGUCCCCGUGAUAGUGACAAACGCGGGCACAGAGCCGGAACGGUCAGCGCCACACGAGAGUAGUGCACCUCCCAGUAACGCGGUACCAAGUGCUUUUCACGGGGAUUCAAGUAGAAUUACAAACAACAACGAUGUUGGAACUGGUCUUGCCUGUUCAUCUGCCUUUGCUUACGCUAGAAAGCGGCAACGUCGUGUGGUGGCGGAUGACUCUACAACGAUUGUGGAAACACCAUCUUUUCCCAAAAUGCGGGUUCCUCUUGAGCCUCCACCUUUUGAUGUCACAGCCUCUAAAGCGUCAACGGUCUCUCUUCCUACGCUGAGUCUCCAGGAUGCAAUGUCCGUUUUACGUUGCCUCGUUGUGAUGCAGUCGGCGCAUCAUUUUUCGUACGUCCCAACGGUGCAUGAUUUUACUGUUUUCAAAUCUGCCUCUAAUGAAGUUGUCCCCCUUUUUCUGAACGGGAGCACAUCUGGGAUAUCGAGUGUUAACAGCGAAGCAUCAAACAGCGGCACGUUCCACGUCAGUUUGGAGAAGCUUCUUACACUUCUGGGGCGAACUGGCGCCCCCAACAAGCUGUAUGACCUCUACCGCUCUUUUAAAAACACUCUUUAUUUUUACAACACUAAUGACCGUGAGAGUAGCCGCGGUGUCGGUAACGAUUGUGGAGAAAACGGGUCGCCAGCUUCACUGAUGCUUCAGUGUGUUGAGCUUGGAAUGAGCGACUUGCUUUUCGUACCAGUUGUGGGAACUGAUUCUCUACUCCCACUUGCAGCCGCAAGGUCCGCCCUCAGUGGCCGUGUUCUGCUGUCAGGGUACCGUUUGGGGGCGGAUUUGCUUGACUUUCAUCCCCUCCAUAUUAUACUGAGUCCCGUUUUCGAUAAUGGGGGAACCACGUAUACGUUUGCUGGAGACACAAAAAACCGUGGUAAUAGGAGGGGAAAUAAAACCGCUAUUGUUAUCGUUGACUCCCUUUGUUUAUUCGGUUGUAAAAGCUUCCCCCAUUCCGGUCACCUCCCUGAACCGUGUGAAAAGGGGGAGCACGAGGUCCAGCAGUUAGCCCGUAAAACUCUGGAAGAUUGUGGUGUGAUUACACGUGUUCCUGAAGAAUGGUUCGAAAACGACUUUCUGGCGGAGAUGUUAAAGCGCCAGGUAGAGGAUCACCACAACCAAGUAUGCACAAGUACAAUGGAGGACCUACACAUGGCGCUGAGGAUGCUAACGUUGUACUGGUGGUUGAUGGGGUUGUGUUUUUCGAAAACGGAAAGACAUUUGGAGAAAGUGACGGGACUCUUAAACUCUUUGAAUGACACUCGCUGGAUCCCAUAUAUUACUCCAGGGAAGGAAAGCAAUCGCAAUAUGUUGCGAGAAGAUGCUGUUCGUUGGUGCACGCCUCGUGAGCUGUUCCCUUCAAUUCAGUGCUUUAUUGCUAGUGCGGCCUCGGAGUUAUUGAAUUUUGCCCCGCGCACAUGUGUAGAUCUUAUCGAGCUCUGGAAACAGUAUGCAAUGAACUACUAUGGCGCAGAAACUACGGCGCGGGCAGUGCGGGAAGGUCAGUUUGCACUUGAGUUUUUGAACAGAUGGGUGCCUAUCGUGAGGAAUCUUGUAGGGACGUCACCGUCACUCUGUAAUGAAUUACGAGCCGCACUUUUUGGGAUGCCGCGGUCGUGGAAUGCAGAAGUGGCACUGAGAGUUCUCCGCUCGCUGCGCAUCGGCAUGCACGUUUCGGUCGGGGGGAUCCGUCACUUGGUGCACUGUAUUGCUUCUGACGUCGGAAGCCGCCGUGAAGUCGCCCUUCGCAGCCUUAAAAAAGAGCCGUUGCUUCCUCUUCCACCGCCGCACAGUGCAAUCGCAUCCAACGAGCCAUUCAUUAUAGGGGAAUUGGCUACAUGCGACACUGUGCAUUGGUUUUCACUGACUGAGUGCGCCAAAGCCCCUUCCUCAUCUGACUGUAAAAUGGGUGCGGGAGGUGAGCACUUUGACUUGGAGAUAUUCGACCGAUCCAUUUGCUUCCUUGGAGAUGAUCUUUGUGGUUUCUUCCGCGAACUUCUUGGCGUUUCCCCCGUUCCAACCGUUGCUUCAUGGGUAGCCACAGCACAGUCUUACAGGCAUCGCGUUUCUGCAGGCUCUAUUAUCAACACGAGUCUGACCGAGUUGUUCCUGCACGCGCUCACCAUUUGUUGCACACUGCAAUACCGCGAGAUUGUUAGUGUACUGGAGAAGCGUAUGGGGUGCGGGAGCCAGGAUAGAAAACACCGCUCUUCACCACAGGGUGUUGCGCAAAACGCCCUCCAGGAGCUUUUAGAUCGUGUGCCUGCCAACAGUAAAGGUGCUUAUAUUUUCCCCCUGAAUGGUAAGUGGCGAUCGGGGGCCGAGGGUUUGUUUUUCUGUGGUUCCUACUACUGCGGAUUUGACGAAGUUGCCCUGCAGGCCGUAGAAAAUGGAGAAACUGAGGGAGGGAACUCUGUUGCCGCGCUUCCUGCACUGAAGUUCACACACGAACUAUCGCACUAUGCUGUUGCAACCGUGCUGCAGAAAAUGGGUCUUACUGCACUGGAAGAUUGCACGGAAAAGAUUGUUACCUUUAGCAGCUUGAAUACCGAAAGCAGCGCCGAGCUUCACCGUAUGAUCGGUGAGUGUGUGCCGCGUGUACAAGGGUUUAUGCGUGCGCAGUACCCGCUUUACUAUGAACUUGUUGAUGAAGAAGUGCGACACCGCUUGGAAAACUUUGGUACCACAUUGGCGAAGGACCCCGUAUUGAAAGAAGUGCUGCGUUACCGAGGAAAAGUAUACAGCAUGGUGCGCACCGUUCGCUGCACAUAUAUCCCACAACACCAUUGUAUCUAUGGCGUCGACGAGCAGUUUACAUCUUCUGUUGGAGCUGAGGCUGUAGCAGAUAUUUUUGUGCCGCGGCCGGAUGCGGAGGUGCGUCGCGGGUUGUUGAGUGCCCUGCAAGAAUGGUUUAAUUGCGGGAGUCUUCAGUUCUACGGUGAAGAAUUCUCCUGCGAGACGUUAUCGUCACAAGUUACCACAGAAGCUCAUGAAACGCGUGCUCCAUCUGAUGAUCCGCAGUGGCAUCUUUCCGCUGCUUCCGUGUCACGUUUCAGGGACCAUUUUCCACUCGGGCAUGAGGGGUUCUCCCUCAUAGGGAAACCGUUGCUAACUGCAGGGAAGUCGUCCAAUGGCGCACGUAGCGCAAACUUGAGGGUGUCCCUCUGGGGUGAUGGUGACGGAUAUUCAGUCAGGUCGUUACCCAAAUGGUCGUGCGAGUUUUUUUGCUCUGCACAUGAGGUAAUUCGUGCUGCGGUUAAACGCAUUCGUAGGGGCGAUGAUGAAUCGAACACUGGAGAAAAUCCGGAUGUAUCGGAAGAAUUCGAUGCGGACAACGACGGAAGUGCUAUUCGCAAUGCGGAGUUGGGAGUGUCAAUUCAUAUGGGAGGGAAGCAUCAUCGAAGGCGUGCAAAGCGGAAUCCUGGCCCGAUGGUAAUAUACCGUCCAGAAGGUCCUCUGAAACGAUACGACACUCACGACUAUUCUGUGGCAGCUGAGCGUUUCGUGUACGAAAAAUUGUGUAAUGAGACGCCCACCGAUGUCGAGGUUGUCUGGGUGAAUGAGCACUCCGAACUUGGCGUCCCUUAUGAUAUUUUGCUGCUGCGGCGCAUCGUGUCUUCCCCGACGAAGAAACGCAAUAUUGGAGAGUUAACUGGCAAGGAAGAUGUUUUAGCCUUUAUUGAGGUCAAAAGUACGUGCACCAAUACCCGCCGGGACUUUGAGAUGUCACUGCGCGAGGUUCUUUUUGCAGCUCGAUUCGGCAGGGCGUACAAAGUGUAUAGGGUAUUCCGUGCCUCAACCAGUGCUAUGCGGGAAAUGCACGUGGAAGUAUUGGAAGAUAUCAUAACAAUGUGGCAUCAAGGGAAACUCACGCUGACAGGAGAAGUGAAGGUGAUGCCGACGGGAAGCGGUUGA